AUUAUGGGUUUAUUAUCUUUAUUUACUGUAUUAAUAAUAUGAUAACAGCGAGGAAAAAGUGGCAAAACAACAAUUAAAAAUCCACGUAGAUAUAUAUGAUCGUCUCUCUCCUCUGUAUAUUCUGCAACGAAAUUGAAAAAUCCAUGGCAAAUACUAACAGGAAAAGCAAAUCAUAAACAAGGAUCGGUGUUGGGUAAAGGCUGCAUCAAUCGGGAGUGGUAUGAAAUUCGCAUCCGACACCUUCGGGCCCACAUCUCCCCGCUGAGAAGACGAAGCGUUUUUCUCCCAUGUCCUAAGAAGAGGUGGAAAAUUCAUUUCUGAAUCUUUGAGUUAAAAAGUUUUUAGCAAGAUUCUUGCUUAUCGGACCAGUAGGAAACGAGUGUUGCUAGUUGCAUAGCAGGAGCAUUCUUAGAAAUAUUAUGAGAUUUAGAGACUGAGUGAUCAUAAUGGGCGCUUGUGUAUCGACCUCAGCAGCCACCUCACGUAAACAUUUGAAAACCGUUAAGCUGAGGAGAAAGCGCCGUGGUAGGAAGCAUCGUUCAGCUUCUAUUACAGAUGGAAGCAGAAAAAGAAACAGCGACUGCGGAGCUCGAGUUUCAGAUUUUUCAGUAGGGAUUUGCGGAGAAGAAGCAUGGUUCGACACUCUCAGCAUUCUGGAUUCUGACACGGAUGAUGACGUCGACAGUGACCAUGGAGGUUCAUCGAAGUUUCUUUAUCGUCCCAGAGCUGGAUUAAUGAUUCCGUGUUGUUCCGAUGAGAAAUCAACUUCUGGAACUUGGUCCAAGAUUGCCCCCUCGACCUUUAAGCUACGUGGAGAAAAUUACUUCAAAGAUAAGAAGAAAGCCACGGCACCAAAUGUUUCUCCUUACACUCCAAUCGGCAUAGAUUUAUUUGCAUCUCCAAGAAAGAUCAGUCACAUUGCCCAACAGCUCAAGCUGCCUUCCCUAAAAGCUGAUGGGGAAAUCCCGGCCUUGUUAAUUGUUAACAUUCAGCUGCCCACUUAUCCCGCGCCUAUGUUUCUCGGUGAUGGUGAUGGGGAGGGCUUGAGCCUCGUAAUGUAUUUCAAGCUUUCUGAGGGUUUCGAGAAAGAAGUAUCUCCUCAAUUUCAAGACUGUAUAAAGAGAUUGGUCGCCGAUGAUACGGAAAAGAUUAAAGGAUUUGCUAAAGACUCAACUGUUCCUUUCCGAGAAAGGCUAAAAAUUAUGGUUGGGGUGGUCAAUCCAGAAGAUCUCGUCGGGGGUUCCACCGAGAAAAAACUCCUCCACGCCUACAACGAAAAACCAGUUCUCUCCCGCCCCCAGCACGAGUUUUAUCAAGUCGGACAUUUUUCACACUUGGAUCGAAUUACUUUGAAAUUGACCUCGACAUUCAUCGGUUCAGUUACAUUGCAAGAAAGGGACUCGAAGCAUUCCGAGACCGGCUAGCUACCGGAAUAUUGGAUAUCGGUUUAACAAUUCAGGCACAGAAACCGGAAGAGCUACCCGAGAAGGUCCUGUGUUGUGUGAGGUUGAACAAGAUUGAUUUUGUCAACCAUGGACAGAUACCUACGAUCGUCAAGCUCGAAGAGUGAUGUCCCCGACGAGUCGCCACCACCACCAUCAGCCUUUGUGAAGCUCAAGGUAGUUGAACUAUCUACUAAUUCAUGACUAGAACAUUGAUUUUUAAUGGUCUGAUACAAUAAUGUCUAGAAAUGGCCCAGCCCCCUCUCUCAUCAGUGUAACAUGUUGUAUGAAUCCAUAGACUAUUGUGCUAUGGUAUGUAAAUUUUUUAUUUUAUUUAUUGUUUCUUCUUGUUCUAUGUCAGAACGAUAUUGGAUGGUAUUUUUCUCCGAAGCCCCCUUUGAAUGAAGCCCUUUUAUUUUUCUGUCAA